CAAUGGUUGCUCGAGUACAGACUGCGGAGGAGAUCCGCGACGAGGGAAAUGCUGCAGUUAAGGAUCAGGAUUAUAUAAAAGCUGAUGAAUUAUACACUGAAGCUCUCCAACUCACCACUGACGAAGACAAGGCUCUUCGGCCGGUUUUGUACAGAAAUCGAGCAAUGGCUCGGCUGAAAAGAGACGAUUUUGAAGGAGCACAAUCGGAUUGCACGAAAGCUCUGGAAUUCGACGGGGCCGAUGUAAAAGCUCUCUUCAGACGAUCGCUGGCUCGUGAACAGCUUGGAAAUGUUGGGCCAGCUUUUCAAGACGCAAAAGAGGCUCUGAGGCUCUCGCCAAAUGAUAAAGGAAUUGUUGAAGUUCUUCAGCGUCUCGUAAAAGCCAACAAUGAUAAGAUUAAGCAGACCACUUCACUGGCUAAUAAGGUAACUGACAUGGAAAAGCUAGCGUUCCGUGGUGAGGCGAAGGACACCGAACAGAAAAUGACUGCGUUGAACAACUUGUUGGUUUUGUGCAGAGAAUCUGAAUCCGGAGCAACAGGAGUUUGGAAUCAGGGCGCACUUGUUCCAUUCGUCCUGAACCUAAUCAACGACGCAUCGGAAAACGAGGAGGUUACCGUAACCGCAAUCCGAAUUCUCGACGAGACCAUCAAAAAUAGCGUCAGAUGCAUGAAAUUCCUAGCUAUGCACGACCCAGAUGGCCCAAAAUCCGUCCGUUUUGUGUGCCGGCUAAUGUGCAAAAAAUCCACAAAAGACUUUGUGGAUGCCACUGGAAUUCUGGUGCAACGUGUCUUCAAUGCAAUGGCUAAAAUGGAUCGGCAAAAGGAGAUGAAGCCGGAUCCAGAGGUGGCAGAAGCCAAUAAAAUCUGGAUAAUUCGUGUGCUCUUGGAGCUUCAAGAGAUGCUUCAGGACCCGAAAGUUGGUGCAGUUCAGCGUGAGACGUGCAUCGAUUUAUUCCUGAAAAAUCUGAUGCACAUGGACGGUGGAAUUCCACGUGGAUGGUCGUGGAAGUUUGUGGAAGAACGUGGAUUGCUCGCGUUGCUUGACGUGGCAAGUCAGAUACCCGAACUGUGUGAAUAUCCGGUUUCUGCGGAGACUCGGCAACACGUGGCAAUUUGUUUGCAGAGAUUAGAGGAGGAUAUGGUUUUUGAUACGAAACGGACUAUUUUUAAGGAGAAAGUCGAUAUGUUCUUUAAUGCCCUAAUCUCCCGUUGCACGAAUGACGAUGAAGGUCACAAAUACCGUAUCAAACUAUCAUGCUUCUUGAUUACAAUGCUUCAAGGACCAGUUGAUAUUGGAAUAAAUCUUAUCACAAAUGAUCAAUUAACUCCGAUUAUGCUCGAAAUGGCCGCUUCACAGGAUCAUUUAAUGCAAGGAAUCGCUGCUGAGCUCAUUGUUGCAACUGUUAGCAAACACGAAAGAGCUAUUAAUAUGUUGAAAGUCGGAAUUCCGGUGCUCCGUGCGUUGUACGACUCUGAGGAUCCUACUGUCAAGGUCCGAGCUCUAGUUGGUCUUUGCAAGAUCGGAGCCGCCGGAGGAGACGACAUUUCGAAAGCAACGAUGAAAGAAGAAGCAGUGAUCAGUUUGGCGAAGACUUGCAAGAAAUUCCUUCUGGAAACCGAAAAAUAUUCAGUUGAUAUUAGAAGAUACGCGUGUGAAGGGCUCUCCUAUUUGUCUUUGGAUGCUGAUGUUAAGGAAUGGAUUGUUGAUGAUUCUCUGUUGCUCAAAGCUUUAGUACUUUUAGCAAAAAAGGCAGGAGCUCUAUGUGUUUAUACACUAGCAACUAUCUAUGCAAAUCUCUCGAAUGCAUUUGAAAAGCCAAAAGUCGACGAGGAAAUGGUAAAACUCGCGCAAUUCGCGAAGCAUCACGUCCCAGAAACUCAUCCCAAGGAUACGGAGGAAUAUGUUGAAAAACGAGUGAGAGCUCUCGUUGAGGAGGGAGCCGUUCCGGCUUGUGUGGCGGUUAGUAAGACGGAAAGUAAGAAUGCGUUGGAGCUGAUCGCGAGAAGUCUUUUGGCGUUUGCUGAGUACGAGGAUCUUCGAGGACGGAUUAUUGCUGAAGGUGGAACGGUUUUGUGCUUAAGACUUACGAAGGAAGCUUCUGGAGAGGGAAAGAUCAAGGCGGGACAUGCGAUUGCUAAGCUUGGGGCUAAAGCGGAUCCGAUGAUUUCUUUCCCUGGACAACGAGCAUACGAAGUGGUAAAACCGCUUUGCGACCUGCUCCAUCCGGACGUUGAAGGAAAAGCCAACUACGAUUCUCUUCUGACACUCACCAACUUGGCAAGCGUCAGUGAUUCGAUUCGUGGACGAAUUUUGAAAGAGAAGGCAAUUCCAAAGAUUGAGGAAUUCUGGUUUAUGACGGAUCACGAGCAUUUGAGAGCCGCCGCCGCUGAGCUUCUUCUCAAUUUGCUCUUUUUCGAGAAGUUUUAUGAGGAAACUGUUGCGCCCGGAACCGAUCGUCUGAAACUCUGGGUUCUCUACUCGGCAGAAGUUGAAGAGGAACGUCUAUCACGUGCCUCGGCGGCAGGUUUCGCCAUUCUUACAGAGGACGAGAACGCUUGUGCUAGGAUUAUGGACGAGAUUAAAUCAUGGCCUGAGGUGUUCAAAGACAUUGCAAUGCACGAGGAUGCGGAAACCCAACGUCGUGGCCUUAUGGGAAUUGCGAAUAUAAUGCACUCGAGCAACAAACUGUGCUCCGAAAUUGUAUCGUCCGAAGUGUUCCGUGUCCUGGUCGCCGUCACAAAGCUCGGCACUAUCAAUCAGGAACGGGCAGGCUCGACGGAACAGGCGAAACGUGGAUUGGAGGCCGCCGAGAAGUUUGGACUGAUUAAGGCGACGGAUCGAGAGAUUUAUGAACGCGAAAAUCAAAUGAGCACCAUUCAGGAAUAAUUUUUGUUUGAUUUUUUUUCUCACUUUUUUUGGAAUUUUCUGCUAUAUUUCAUCCACGUGGAUUUUUCAGCUAUUUUUAAAACUGAGAAAAUUAAAAAAAAUCCUUACGUGGCUUUUUUCUACAAAAUUCAAAUUCGAUUUUUUGAUUUAAAGCAUCUUUACUCAAUUUCCACGUGGCAGAAAACCCAAAAACGAUUUUUAAAAGGUUGGCUUUGAUUAAAUUUUAAAUUCCACGUGGCUUCAAAGUUUCGAAUUUUUUUAAAAUCUCAAAAUUCCACGUGGCAAAAUGCUUCUUUCAAUUUUCCUUGAUUUCCCCCACCUGAUCCAAGAUUGUUUUUUGUUAUGUUGUACACAUCUCUCAAUCCUAAUUAAUUGUGUUAUUACACGUUCGUAAAGAACAUGUAAUAUAUGUAUUCUUUAAAAUUAAAAUCCAGUCAUUUUCUGCUUUACCCCGCAUUUUGUUUCUCUGUUCAUGUGUAAUGAUAGUGCCUUAAAUGCCUUCUUUUCUGUCUGUUUUUAGUUAAAUAAUUGAUAAAAUGUUUAUAAAAUGAAUUCUCCCGCU